GAAAGAAGACAGGAGGAGAAAAAAACCGAGGAGGGGAGGAGAAAGGAAAGGCAACAGCAGCAGGAGCAGCAGCAUAGAGCCCAUCGAGGAGGAGGUGAACCCGCUGGAGGAGAUCAGGAGUGCACCGUUGCUUUAGUGAUUGGAUAAGGAACACACUGUGGACUACCAGCAUGGACCUGCAGCACCCUGCCAUUUCUCAAAACUCAUAGUUUUUGGAUCUGAAUCUCCUGUACUCUGAAGUGUGAGCAGCACCAGUCUGUGGCUGAACCCCUACAGGUCUUGAGUUACUAUGAUGUCAGUGGACAUGACCAAUCGCAAUGGCCCUGCUGCCACGCCUCCCUCUUCUCUUAGCCUCCGCUCAUCACACAAUCAGCUUGUCAGCGGUGACGUGAUCAAGCAAGGCUCGGCCACGCCACCAAAAUGUCGCAAGAAGUACGCGCUCACAAGUAUCCAGGCUGCCAUGGGCCUCGGAGAGAGCACACCACCUGCGACAUCACCGUCGUCCCCACCACAGCCCGCAGCCUCCAACAAUCCCAAACUAGCCAAGAAUGGGGCCAAUCAGCUGCGUAAAGCUGGUCAGGACCACAAUAAAAACACAACCGACCCUGACUCAGCAGACCCAGAGCAUAACCCUGAACCUAUAGCUGAUGAUCCCAAUGUUAACACAGAGGAAGAGCAUGACAGUCAGUCUCUCACCAACAAUGAUCGAGAGGAAGACAUGUUUGAGGUGGAGCAGCAGCCAGGUUCCCCUAGUGAUGUCGAGUCGGAGCCGAAAACAGAGCCACAUGUGGACUCUAACAUUAACAGGACAGUGGAGACCAAACUUAAAAGCAACACUGCAGAUUUAGACUUUGACUUGAACAUUGAGGUGGAGGAGCCUGAUGACAUAAGCAUUCUGUCUGAAAGGGAAAUCCCUUCAAAGAUGAAGAUAGAGGAAGAUGAUUUGGUUGAGGACCCGAGUGAUGAGGAGAAGAAACCUUUGCUCUGCCUGAAAAAUGAUUCUCCUUCGAAGGAGAGCAAAGUUUCCCCAGCAUCUGAAAUCAUCACCGAAAUCCAGUCCAACAUCACGUUCCUCCAAUCAGGAAAGAACUCCAGGGUUCCUCCCCUGCUCUCUCCGCCAAGGCAAGGCAGCCCAGAAGACACUCCCCUGCUCUCUGCUACCUCCUGCCCCUCCUCCUCCUCCUCUUCAUCUCCAGAGACCAAGAAGGACAGGAGGACUGGAGCAAAGACAGACUGUGCUUUGAACCGGAUCCAGAAUCUGAACCCCAGUGAUGAAGAGCUGAGCUGGACUACCUUGUCUCAGGACAGCAACUCCCCGGAGGAGACAGAUGUCUGGAGUGAACAGUCAUUCCAGACUGAUCCAGACCUGCCACCAGGAUGGAAGAAGAUCACAGACAUGGCUGGUAUCUACUACUGGCACAUCCCUACAGGCACCACCCAGUGGGAGCGGCCCUCCAACCAUCCACCUCCACCUGGACAGACUGAGACCCCGGCCCUGGCUGAUCCCACAGCCCCCGCUCCACGUAAACACUCGCUGGGCUCCCUGAGCCCGCUGCCCACUCCAGAAAAUGAGUUGUGCCAGGCUGAGAUCUUCUUUAGGGGUUCGACUCGUUCAGGAAGCACCACCUCUGACAGCUCGGUGGAGCCUCUGUCCACUCAAGACUCCACCCUCCCCUCAUGCGGAUUUGUCAACAGCUGCUACUUUCCUCGAUCCACUUCUCUUCAGGAGACCUCAGAUCAAGAAAGUCAAUCUCCACAUCAUGAAGAUGAAGAUAAGAAGCAGAUGUGGAGUGAAUUUGGAGGAAAAAUUGAUAGUGAAGUGUGGAAGGACCUGCAGGCGGCCACGGUGAACCCUGACCCCAGCCUGAAGGAGUUUGAGGGGGCCACGCUUCGCUACGCUUCUCUCAAGCUGAGGAACCGUCCGACCACAGAGGAAAACGAGACACGCAGCGUAAACAGUGGCCCAGAGGCUAAGUGUUUUGCAGUGCGCUCUCUGGGUUGGGUAGAGAUGGCCGAGGAGGACCUUGCUCCUGGGAAGAGCAGUGUCGCCGUCAACAACUGCAUCCGACAACUGUCCUACUGCAAGAAUGACAUUCGGGACACCGUAGGCAUCUGGGGAGAGGGGAAGGACAUGUACCUGGUGCUGGAGAAUAACAUGCUGAACCUUGUAGACCCUAUGGAUCGCAGUGUGCUUCAUUCCCAGCCUAUUGCCAGUAUCCGUGUGUGGGGUGUUGGCCGGGACAAUGGCAGAGAGAGGGACUUUGCAUAUGUGGCACGGGACAAAAACACCAGGAUCCUGAAAUGUCAUGUGUUCCGCUGUGACACGCCGGCCAAAGCCAUCGCCACAAGCCUGCAUGAGAUCUGCUCCAGGAUAAUGACGGAGAGAAAGAAUGCCAAAGCCCUGGCAGGGGGUUCACUCCAUGAAAGGAUGCAGGCGGGGUUGGAUCUCCCUUUACAAGCAGAGUUCCCUACACCAAAGACUGAACUGGUUCAGAAAUUUCAGGUGCUCUACCUGGGAAUGAUGCCUGUGGCCAGACCAAUAGGCAUGGAUACACUGAACAGUGCUAUCGACAGUCUUAUUGGCUCUUCCAACAGAGAGGACUGGACUCCUGUGGCCCUUAAUGUGGCAGAUGCCACUGUGACCAUCAGCAAAGACAAGGAUGAAGAGGAAGUGCUGGUGGAAUGCCGCGUCCGUUUCCUGUCUUUCAUGGGCGUCGGCCGUGACAUACACACGUUUGCCUUCAUCAUGGACGCCGGCAGCCAUCGCUUCGACUGCCAUGUCUUCUGGUGUGAGCCCAAUGCUGGAAGCGUUUCUGAAGCUGUGCAGGCAGCUUGUAUGCUGCGGUAUCAGAAAUGUCUGGUGGCCCGGCCGCCCUCCCAGAAGGCCUGUGGCUCAUCGCCCCCCGGAGACUCCGUGUCCCGUCGGGUCUCGACCAGCGUGAAGCGAGGCGUCCUGUCGCUCAUCGACACCCUCAAGCAGAAGAAGCCCGUCACAGAGCUGCCGCAGUAACAGCAGCAAGCCAGUACAGGCUUUCCCUAACACAGCUCCUAGUCACCAUGGAAACUUCAUCGCUUCGCUUCCAAAGCCUCGCCACCAUCACAGGCUCCAUAGUAGAGUAGCUACAGGUUUGAUGGAAUCUCCAGUGGAUGGGUUUGUUUGGAAUCAAAUCUUCAGAGAUCAGUUUAGUAGCCGUUCAAAACUACGAUUCCAGAUCAAACAGGAGCGUCUGAGACAGUCAAGUGAUUAACUCCCAUUUUUCUCAGUACCAUCGUGAGGAAAAGAGGGAACAACCUGGAGAAGCAGGAGGCGCUCCUUUAAGCACAGCACGUGUGCCACGGCCGAGCUCAUCGCUCACCAAAUCGCCCAUCUCUCCACGCUUUUCUGUGUAUCUGUGUUUACGCCUGUCAGCAUGAUGCCCCACACCGGGCACAUCUCCCCGCCAUCUGUUAACCCGCGGUAGCUCCUCUCCCUCUCCGACGCUGCCUCCCGUUGUCCUUAGUAGAUCUAAACGUCAGAACAAAACAAUGAGAGGGAACGAGUGAGAAAAUAAAGCCAUCUUGUUCCUGGAUGAACAAAGAAAGCUGCUAUAGACUAGAGAGAAUCCAGUGGAGCCUGUUCAGCUGAGUGUGCAUGAAGUUUUUUUUUUUUAUUAUUAUCUAAAUCUGAACCGUUUUAAACAAUGUGGAAAAAGUGCUGCUGCUUUCAGAGACACAAGUAGGAAAAUCGGAGGGCCGCAGAUAUAUUUGAGCUUGGAACGAGUGGUGACUCGUCACCUGAAUCAUGCUUCAUAUCUCUACCUUUUCCGUCUAAUGUUUUUUUUUUUUUAGUAUUGUAUUUGUGAUCUUUGAAGAAAUAACAGAUAAUAGCCAUAAAGGGAAGGAAGGCCAGCAGACAGUUUUCUCUCUCUGGUUAGCAGUGCUAGACUGGCUGCUUUGAAGACAAGGAGACAUCAGCAUGCUGGGGGGAGUCUGAUAGACCUUAGGGAUGUUUUUCUGUCUCUAUGAUUGUUUGGGUUUAAAUAUGUCUAAGAAAGGAAGUGAUUCGCCUAUUUAAGGAAACCCACCUGUAGGUUGGAGGGACUCAAACCGAGCAACUUUCUCGGGCUGCUAUCCAUCUCCUGGGUGCUUUUGUUUAGGAAAAAUGUUUCCAUCAGUGCCAUUAUUUUGCUAGCUUUAGGUCUGUUUUCAAAAAAGCAUAAAUGUUUUUUCCACUUUGCUAUCUCUGUGCUCUCCCAAAUCUGACCCUUCUGAUGUACAGUAGAAGAAUCAGUUAUUAAUCUUGAUCGUUCUAAAAUACUUUUAGUCUAUCGCCAAGGAAACUGUUGACUUUACCUGUUUUCAAACAUCUUUGCAAAUAUAUAGAGCAAUGAAAUACUUUAUCAGCAAAAGAGAAUCUGCAGAAAUAAAAUCACAUGGCCUUGAAGGCCUGAGGUAUUUUUCAUUUAGAUGUGAUGUAGUUCUUUAUUUAUAUUGAAAGGAUUAUUGGGCCUAUUUCUAAAGUCUUGUUCUUGAUUUCCAUGUUUUAGCUCAGUUAAUCAGUGAAUCUCUGAAUAAUUUAAUUUAUUUGUAAUUGGAAACUAGGAAAAUAAAAUACCUCGGAUUAAUGAGUCGCAGCUGUUUAAAAACGGCCAAAUGUUGCUCCUUUUAAUCAAAGCACAUCUGUUGUAGCUUUCCAGUCUGGCUCAUGGAGUUCUCCAUGGGGUCAGACAAACAGCGCCCCCUAUAGUAAGAAAUCCUGCUGCUAAAACCUGAAGUCCAGGACUUUGCAGAUACAAUUCAGUUAAAGUAGCUUAAAUAAAUCAUGCAUUAGUCAUUCUGAUGGCUUGUAUUUCAUUCCUGCACUGUUCUGUUUACUAUCCAAGGUUAAUUCUUGUUUUGCUCUUACCAGACUUAAUGCUAUAGGAAAACAACAUGGCGCUACUACACAUUUAACACAGCAGCAUAAGAGUUUGACCCCUCAGUAAACAAACUAAAAGUUUUUUGAAAAUGUAUUUUCCUUAUUGGAGAGGUUAAUAAAAGCAGGAGGUC